AUGUCCGUCGCCUCGAUUCCCGACACCUCGCUUGGCCUCACGUCCUCCGAGAUUCAGAUUCUCCGACAGCAGCAGCAGCUUGCACUCCAAGGUGGUCAUACUGGAAAUGGGGUAUCUAGGGGCAGAGGUACUGGGCGCACUAGCAACUCUAGCUCGCGCGCUGCUAGUGCCGCCAGCAGCCAUGGUCGUUUGCUGCUGGACCCGAUGAGCCUUCGGGCACUUUCGCAUCAGCUAGACGGAUUGCAGCAGCAGAUCCAGAGUCGCCUUGAAUACUUGGAGGCGCAAAUGCAACUCUCCAUUCAAAAUAGUUAUGACCGCGCAGGGAAUGUUAUCCACAACGCGGACGCAGAAAUCGCCCGCACCCGUUCAAUAUUGACAUCAAUUGAUGAAUUGGAGGACGAACUUGCCAAAAUCGGACACAUAAGAGAAAUUGUCAGGGCAUACCGUGGCCGGAUAGAAGGCCUGGAUCAACGUCUUGAUCAAGCCGCACGCCGACGACGGUGA